UAAAUUAACAAGUUUGGGUAUCGUUUAUCGGUACCGAAUCCCGAUACGGGGGAGUUUCUGUUUUCAUUACUUUCCCUACAGAGGGAACUUGUCUACAUAGUACGUCUACAUCUACUGUAAACUGUUUUUACCUGAGCUUGGCACUUUUCACUUGGCAGGCUUCUUCUGUUGGUGUUUUCUGCCUUAGAGGUUUCCGUCUUGUUCUCGCUGUUUAUUCCUACGGCCGAGUACAGACGAAGGAACGCCGUUUUACGACAACGCGAAAAUGUCCUAUUCUGUGAAUAUAUCAAUCGAAGCUCCUGUCGAAAAUCAAAUCCAGGAAAUAUCCUACGAUGGCCAGGAAAUUUACCAGACGCCCCUCACUAUGUCAGAAAGCCUUGCUAAACUGGCUCAGAAAAUUGAUUUUAGCAAAGCUGGCUGUGAGGAUCUAAAGAAGGAGGAAUCUGAAACGAAUGAAGACGAUGUUGCAGCUAAAGAAGCUGCUUUCCAGUCGUCUAUCUGGCCAUGGGAUUCUGUACGCAACAAAUUACGAAAUGCCUAUACUGAAGUUUGUGUACUUGCCGAUGUUAUGGCAAUCGCCAAGGAAAAGAGGUAUAUGGUGCUUGAUCCGAUUCCACAAGAGUUACACGAAUCCAAGCCUAUGACUCAAGUGUAUGCUAGAAAGAAGGCGCUAGCAGGCGCAGCGUCUGUGUUGCUGACAGGAGCAGAAAGGCUAAGGGCUUGUCAGACGGAGGCAGCAAGAAACCGCGCGACCUCAGAUUUCCACAUCGAACUUUUGAGAUUAAGACAGAAUUGGAGGUUGAAGAAGGUUUCAAAUACUAUCAUUGGUGAUCUCUCAUACAGAACAGCAGGAUCUAAAUUUGCUCAAACAGGAAUGUUCGAAGUAACAAAAGCAGAAGAAGAAAGUGAAAAGGUUCAGAGCCCACCACCUUCACCUGGUGCUAACCCAAAACCAACUUCUGCUCUCCGUGUAACCGUUCCCAGCGAAUUACAAGGAGUUGCUUAUAUUGAAGUAGUCUGUCGAAAAGACCAAGAAGAUCUUUGUUCAUCGAUGAUCAACCUUUUGGGAUCUGGACCUUCCCCAACCAACUCAGAUGUACACUGGCAGCAAAAACUCGAAGCUGCCCAAAAUGUUCUUUUCUGUAAAGAGUUGUUUAACCAGCUGGCGAAAGAAGCCGUUCAGCUACAUGCACCUAUACCACACAUGGUCGUUGGAAAUCAAAUAAUGGCCAGUACAUUCCCCGGUAUACAACUUAUCAUCGGUAUAUGUCACACAACUGGAACGAAUGCUGGAGACAAAAAGUCAGUGCAGAAAGGAGAACAUGACCAUGUUCUGGAACAUUCACUCCAUCAAUUGCUGCGUGAAGUUCACCAUAAAAACAGGCAUCAUCCCUUCCCGCAUCCUUCUUCGGCACCAUUAGGCCCUAGCAAAAGACGAGCUCUGGCAGGUCCGACUGCUGCUGAUAGGCAUUACUUAAUUGAAAUGACUCAAAGCCAAACACUACUUGAACAAAUAAUUCAACAAUCCCAGCAUUUCUUUUUGAGAAUGAGAACUGAGUACGUUCUUGACACGAUUAUUAAAGAAGUAAAAGACCCUUUGAUUAUUACACACUGGAAUGCGCUAAAUUCUCCAACUCUUUCUUGUGUUAAAAUUAAUAUAAUAACUAAUGGAUAUGACACAAUCUGUAGAACAUCUCUUGUUAUACAAGUAAAUGAAAAAUCUCUCAAGUGUGUAUGCAGGGAUGGCAGGGUUAUUCACAUGUCCUAUGAAACCCAGGAGCUUCGAGAUUUAAUCUACUGUCAAAUAUAUCAACACCAAAUAUCAGCAGUCCAAGCUCUAGCAAAAUGUAUGGGUUGGCAGUACCUUGCUAACAGUUCGCACCUUGGAAUAGGAUCUGUGGAACCACUUGGUAACGCUAGCAGUUGCAUCCUGGCCUCACCGAUGGGUGACAGGCUUAUUGCCGUUCGUUGUGAGCCUCAAGGAGGUGUGCAAAUCGCUAUUGCUCAUUCGCCCAAGAAAGACUUCUUCAGUGGGCAGCUUGUAAAAGAAAGGAAAUGGGAAAACUUAGGUGGUGGUUUUAAGGAAGUACGCUGGGACAAAAUGGAGGGGAGGAACUUUUUAAAUAAAAUGGAACUUCUAAUGGCUAGUCUUACAAGUUCUUAAUCGAGCAGUUUGUAAAUAUUUGUAUUUAAAUUUGUUGCAAUAUUGUAAAUUUAAUUUGUUUCAUAGGAUAUCUCUUUUUCUUUGUAAAUUUUUUUUUUGUGUAAAUAUUGUUGUGGUUUCUCUUUAAAAACUAUCGAUGUAAUAAUUUGUUAAAUUUCUAUUUUUCAUUAUAGCCCUGGAACGUUCAUGAGCAAUUCAAUCAAUUCAUUUUAAACCUCUUGUCGGGUUGUUAUUUUUAGACGGCUAUUAAUUACAUUUACUAUAUAAUUUGAAAUCAUGUCUGUGAUUAAUGAAAUUGAAACGAAUUCAAAUUAGCAUUAGUUUAUAAAAUUGUCCCAUCUGCCAAGUUCCAGUCGAUAACAUUUAUAUAAUAAAACGCAACUAUUGUAAAUAACCAAUUAUCUGAAGAUAAAAAUAAUUUUUAUACUUGUGUUAUUAAAAAAUUGAGUUCUUA